UUUCUAUCUUAACGAACACUGCUGGUUCAUAUCAUUUUCGUAUCUGUUAGUUGUUGAAAACUUGGAAUUUGAAGGAACAGAAUCAGGCCAUGGCUGACGGCGACCGGAAACUUGAGUCUAAGAGUCGUCACCUCUUUGGGCGUCAGCAAUCUAUUCACAAGGUUCUUGGUGGAGGAAAAUUAGGAGAUGCGGUGCUAUGGAGAAAUAAAAGGACGAGUGCUCGGAUCCUGGGUGGGGCCACCCUGACCUGGCUUCUGCUUCAACGAUUUGAAUUCCGUGUGCUGGAGCUCGCUUCCCAUGUUGUAAUCCUCACUCUCGCCAUCUAUUUUUCGUGGUCAAAUGCUAGUACUGCUCUACUCAACAUAUCCACACCACCAAUUCCAGAAGUUCAAAUCUCGGAGAAGACAGUGUUGCGAAUUGCAUCUCAUAUUAGCAUUGCUUUCAAUAAGUGCUUCCUACUUCUACACGACAUUUCACUGGGAGGGGAUUUGACUAUGUUUCUCAAGGUCAUUUGUGGGCUAUGGAUAUUAGCAAUUUUGGGCGGCAGCUGCGAUUUCCUAACUCUAAUAUACAUAAGUGUUAUUAUAGUCCUCACGGUGCCGGUGGUUUACGAGAAAUACGAAGAGCAAGUGGAUGCAUUUGCAGAGAAAGGAAAGAUGGAGGUCAUUAAACACUACACUUGGUUACAUGCAAAUGUUUUGAGUAAGAUUCCAAGAGGACAUGUGAAAGCUAAGAGACACAAUUGAUUAAGAAGUUGGCUUAAUUGUACAUGCUUCAACGCGAUGUUGUAAUACAUAAACGACCUUUAAUUUUUAUAUAAUAAACAAUGAAAUGGUUUUUAUUUGUAUAUAGGGCAGUUUGGGAUGAUCAACUUCAUGUUUCGUCUUAAAUCUUAAAAGAUCAAACUCAUAGAGUUGUGG